AAGAUGCAUCGCACAGGAACUUUCCCUAAAUUCUCUACUCUUAGUCAAUCUCCUUAUAAAACAGGUAUUUCAAACCUGCAUAGCCCCUUCCAGAAGUUGCCAAUACGGAAUACUGAGACUCAUAGCAGCUCAAUUAAUCAGUAUGAUGGAGGAAUUUGAGGAGUUACUCCUAAGAAAUUUUACACUUGUAACACAGAAAGCUCUGACGAGGAUGUCUUAUUAGCUUUGAAGACGAAAAAAACAAAAAAUUGAGGUACUCCCUCAAGAUCUAUCGAUAUUUCAAAAGAAAAGAACCCUUUUACGAUUGGGUAUCUCAAGAAGAAAUUUAGUAACACAGGAAGAUUUGGAUCAAGAAACAGCCCAUCGAAGGGAUCAAUUUUUAAAGUUUCAAAUGCUUUAAAGAAAAUAUCUCAUACUAAAAAUUACUCAAAGUGUGAGAAGAAUCCUCGCAAAUAAAUAUCUGAGCGGGUAUUUGACCAAGAAGGAAAUCAAAAAGAGGAAAAAGUGCAAAGGAUCAGAAACUGAAGUAUCUGAAAGCUUUUACUCAAGCCUGAAGAGUAAGAAAGCAUACGAAUUCGGAGAUUCACCUAAUAAAGGCAGUCCUGGUAGAAAUCAGACUACGACAAAUAACUCGAGCUUUAUACUUCUUAAAGAGAUAGUCCCUCUUAACGAGGCAUGAAAUCUCUCUGUUUUGAAGUACAUAAAGAAGUCAAGAGCUGAUAGAGAAAGUUGCAGAAACAAGCAGAAAGCUGAUAAAUUUAGAGUUAAAACUCUAACAGAAACUUAUGAAGUGUAUUCCAAGAGGGACCCUAAAAGAAUCUUCAGAAGGAGGAGUCCUAAAUUUUCAAGAGCAAAAAUUGAUUUAUCAGGAAAGAAAGUUUCAACCUUUGCAACCCAUUAUUACCGAGAUGGAAAAAUCAAGCAAUCUCCCAAGGUUGACAAGAAAGCAUACCUCAGUCCUAAAGUUGCUUCUAAAAGUGCCAAUGUUUCCAUAAAAAAGAAAAGGAAGACGUCUAAAAAUAUUCCUCACCAUACGAGGAAAUCAAGCAAUGACAGAGUUUUUAAAUGGAACUAUCAAAACAAUCUUAACCUGAGGACAGUCAACCAGAAGAUUUUAAGGAAAGUAGAAGAUUCUAAAGGUACAAGAUCAACUCAAUAUGAUUCCCAUGAAGACUCUAGAGGUGAAAAUGCUCAGUACAAAUGAGAAUGAGGGAAUGUUAACACCUAUCAUUGUGAAGCAGCCCAAAAAUGGACUGAAUAUGCUGACCAAAAUUAUUCAAAAUCCUUUGAGUAUGAAAAAGAUGCUAAAAUCUUUCAUGAUCUUCUUAAGCUUGCAAAUACAGAUACCAUUGCUCAGGAAUCUCUUUUACAGAUUAGGAACGAUGUCUCAAGGACCAUGGGAGAUGAGGAGUACUUUAAAAAAUCAAAUAAGGGCUAUAACAACGUUGCUGAUGUACUCACUGCCUUCUCACUUUAUGAUAAAUCAUGAGGAUAUGUUCAAGGCAUGAACUUUAUAGCAGCUUCACUUGCCUAUCAUUGCGACUCUGUCUCCACCUUUUGGCUAUUCACUUCGCUUAUUGAAGAUUAUGGGCUUAGAAAGAACUACUUAAAAGGACUUGAAGGAUUUUACGAGAGAGCAGAAAGCAUCGGAGAGCUAGCAAAGAAGAAGAUUCCCAAAACUUACAACUUUUUGGUAAGAUCAACAUUUUUAAUAUUCUAUAGAAAAAGAAUAAUGUAAGAGCUAAUCUUGAUCAAGAUUUGAUUGUUUAUAGGUGACAUUUGAUAUGAUAACUCUUGAACCUGUCAUGAGUCUUUUCUGCAACUUAAUACCUCUCAGAGAAUCUAAAUAUCAUUUAGACAAUUUUUUCGAAAAAGGCUGGAGUUAUUUCAAUUCUCUCUUUAUCAAGUUCCUUGAAAGCAUUUCUGCUCAACUUUUUAAAUGAGAAGACUUGUGCGAUAUUCUCAGCCUAUUCAAAGACCAUUAUAACUGUAGAGGGGAUAGGCGAAGUACUUGGUCUCAAAGGAUGGCUCAAUACAGCAGCUCGACUGCAGAUUCUUUCAACAUAAGUGAGAUCGAUUGGGAAGAAUUAUGUAAUAAAGCUUAAUUGGUAAAUCCCUAUUUUUACCUUAAUCUCUUUGCAAUA